AGAUAUCGUUAUAUAUUCCACAUCUAGUAUUCCUUUUCAUUGCUAAGAGUAGUAUGGAUCUCUUAAUUUCUUUGGUUAUGACAUACAAGGAAAAGGGAAUUUUAGGUUUUAUAGUUGGAGAGGUCGUUCCUUGGAUCAAAUUGUAGCGAAAUUGACGGUUGCAGAACGUUUUGAGACAAAAUGGAAUUUAGUAACUAUUGUCGUUUUCCAUAUCCGGACACGGCUAAAGAGUGAGCUGCCUGCUUGCUAUCCUCAACAUCUUCGGUUUGGGUUUAGCCCAUUCCUGUUCUCUAAAGACAGACCCCAAAAGGGAAUAAACCAAAAGGAGGCUACACGUGUCCAUUUUCCACCGCCGAUCGGGACCCACAAUCUUAAGAACAGAGUUGAACCUCGUGCACACAUGACACCUAACUAGUGUUUACAAGUGUAACUAACCUCGAAGUCUCAACGUCUUCCCUGUCUGCCCUCACCAACCGCCAAGGCAAAAACACUUUUUUAUGCACCAUUCUUUUUUUAAUUUUAAAUUAAAAAAUGAAAGAGAAAAGCAACUACUAACUCAGAGCACAGCUGCAUGCUAUCUACUGGCUUGCUUUCAUCGCCACUUGACGGAUUUCUCGACGUUCCUUCCUUCCCUAUUUAUUAUUCCCUUCUGAACCCUAACUUUCCCUCACUUUCCUUCCUUCUUUCCAAACACUCCCCUUUCCCCUAGCUUCACUCUUCUAACCAAACAUGGCCUUACCGACCCAAACUAAUCUCCUUCAAAAACCGUUCCUUUCCCCGCCUUCUCUUUCGCAACCUUCCGCAUUUUCCGCCCCAGUGGCUAUCCCUUUCCGAAAAUUCCGGCCUGCUUCUAUCCAGUGCUCCGUAACAGCCGCCCCGUCGGUUACUGUGACGGCGUCAAAGGAAUGCAAGGUCAAAUCAGUCAAAGCUAGGCAGAUCAUUGACAGCAGGGGCAAUCCGACGAUCGAGGUUGAUUUGAUCACCGAUGAUCGUUAUCGAUCGGCCGUCCCUAGCGGCGCCUCUACCGGGAUCUAUGAGGCGCUGGAGCUCAGGGACGGUGACAAGAGCGUCUAUGGCGGCAAAGGUGUGCUCUUUGCUGUCAAAAACAUCAAUGAAGUUUUGGGUCCUAAGCUUGUUGGUGUUGAUGUUAGAAAUCAAGCGGAUGUAGAUGCUGUUAUGCUGGAUAUUGAUGGGACCCCAAACAAGUCAAAACUUGGAGCUAAUGCAAUAUUGGGAGUGUCAUUGAGCGUAUGCAGAGCAGGUGCUGGGGCUAAAGGGAUGCCAUUGUACAAGCAUAUCCAGGAAUUGUCAGGAACAAAGGAGCUUGUUAUGCCGGUUCCAGCGUUCAAUGUAAUCAAUGGCGGAAGUCAUGCUGGAAAUAAUUUGGCUAUGCAAGAAUUUAUGAUACUACCAGUUGGCGCAACCUCCUUUGCUGAGGCGCUUCGCAUGGGAAGUGAAGUUUAUCACACACUAAAGGGUAUUAUCAAAGCAAAAUAUGGACAAGAUGCUUGUAAUGUUGGAGAUGAAGGGGGAUUUGCUCCUAAUGUUCAGGACAACAGGGAGGGAUUGGUUUUGCUAAUGGAUGCAAUUCAGAAGGCUGGUUACAGUGGAAAGAUCAAAAUAGGAAUGGACGUUGCAGCUUCAGAGUUUUUCACCAAGGAUGGAAAAUAUGACCUGAACUUUAAGAAACAACCAAAUGAUGGAGCUCAUGUGCGCUCAGCUCAGAGCUUGGGUGAACUCUACAAAGAGUUUGUCAAAGACUUCCCUAUUGUGUCUAUUGAAGAUCCAUUUGACCAAGAUGACUGGAGCUCAUGGUCUUCACUACAGUCUUCUGUCGAUAUCCAACUUGUUGGAGAUGACUUGUUAGUAACAAAUCCAAAGAGAAUAGCUGAAGCCAUUCAAAAGAAGGCUUGCAAUGCCUUGCUUCUUAAGGUAAACCAGAUUGGCACAGUAACCGAAUCUGUUCAAGCGGCACUUGACUCAAAAGCUGCAGGAUGGGGAGUGAUGGUCAGCCACCGAAGUGGUGAAACAGAGGACAACUUUAUUGCUGACCUUUCUGUUGGUUUGGCUAGUGGCCAGAUCAAAACUGGAGCUCCUUGUAGAAGUGAGAGAUUGGCCAAAUACAAUCAGCUUCUUCGCAUUGAAGAGGAACUUGGAAAUGUUCGCUAUGCUGGUGAAGCUUUCAGAUUUCCUUAGAGAAAUUUAUUGGAACAAAUUUCUGCAUCAAAUUAGUGUCAAGAAACGUUUUUAUGAGCUGUAGUGAACUGAGGCGGCCUAAAAAAUUUUUCAGGGACCCUAUGAGCUCCUCAAGAAAAAAACGAAUUCGAUCAACUAGGAUAAUCAAAUGUUAUUUUAUUUCCAAUUUCUGGGAUCUGAACAAUCAAGUUUUGCUUGAAGUUUA